AUGACAGCGGCUUUCGAAUUACAAGCACAAAUAAUAUCAACAACGGUUGAUGUCGUGAAGUCAGAGCGGAAAGCUGGGCGAGGCUAUCUGCAGCUCCUGAUGGAGGGCGGCCCGGGCUUCAUCUUGCGACUUGGCCGUAACGUCUCCACCCUCUGGGAACGCAAGUUAAGCAGCUCGGAUAUUUCGUUGAUCAUUGAAUUCCUCAAAAUCGAAACCCCAGAUCUGUUUGACGAGAUCAAAUCAUACGACGAGAGUGCAGCCAGAGCUCUUCUUGACGGAUUUAUUGCAUACGGCUGGACUUCGGAGGAGAUAAUGUCGUCACGGAGUUCGUUAUUUCACAAGCUGAGAGAAUAUGUAAACCUAGAGGAUCUCCUUCACGACAGUACAAGUGGCGCGCUACCUGCUUUGACCCAGCCCACGUCUACAUCCACCAGCUCAAGGUUUUUGCAACACCCAGAGAGUAACAGUACAAGCUCAGACGACAAUGAAGAGAUGAGUAAUGCUGGCAUGUCCUUGGAACCUUUGUCCCUUGCAGAUCAUCUCGGGCUGCUGGAAUAUCCCCUCUCGGGCCCAGAAACAAUAGGAGACCUAUGGGAGAUGUCGGCUAUGGAGCUUGAGUCAAUUUUGGCUCAAACAGAGGAGCUAGUCGAUGCUCAGAAUUCGAUGGAUUUGCCGACGUGGAACGAUUGCUUCACAGAGGGUAUUGGAAGCUUCUGA